UCAUAUGCAAACCAGUGAGUGACAACGUACACGUAUAUAUAAGGGUCCGCGUUUAACCGGUUAUCAUUACUAACACGGGAAACCUUUCGAGCCGUUGACAAAAGUAGAGAAGAUGUCAACAAACAUCCCAGGGUUUCUCUCCAAGUGUGUGCUGUUAGUUUUGCUGUGCCUUGUGUCUGGGUCCAGUCAAAACUACCAUGAGUACUGUAUUGUAGGAGCUGGGCCUGGUGGUCUACAACUUGGAUAUUUCCUCCAGACCAGCAACAGAGAUUAUGUCAUCUUUGAAAGAAAUAAUGUAUCAGGUUCAUUUUUUACGAAAUAUCCUCGGCACGACAUGGUGAUAAGCCUCAACAAAAGAAACACGGGGAGAUCUAACAAGGAAUAUAACCUUCGCCACGACUGGAACUCGCUCAUCAGCCACGACGAGAGCUUACAGGUGCGCCAUUAUUCCAAAGUGAUGUUCCCACACAGAGAGGUGUUGGUAAAGUACUUGGAUGACUAUCAGAGGAAACUGGGAAUCAAUGUUCAGUAUAAUGUGGAUGUCCACAAUAUCAGGAAACACAGUGACACGGGGUUGUUUUCUAUGGAGGAUCAGCGCGGGAAUGCAUACAGUUGCAAGAAUUUGAUCAUGGCAACGGGUAUGCAGAAAGCGAACGUCCCCAAGUUUCCAGGAUAUGAACUAGCAGUCGGCUACGAAGACGUGUCGGUGGAUCCAGAAGAUUUUGAAGGGAAGUCGGUUCUUAUUCUUGGUCGCGGCAAUUCUGCCUUUGAAGUUGCUGAAAGGAUCUAUGGAGUAACGAAUAAUAUUUUCAUGUUGGGACGCUCACGAAUUAGGUUGUCUUGGUCCACUCACUAUGUUGGUGACCUCAGAGCUGUGAACAAUGGACUGCUGGACACAUAUCAGUUGAAAGCUCUGGAUGCCAUAAUUGAAGCUCCUGCAGAAGAAGUAAACCUUCUAAAACAACCAGACGGGAAAAUUCGUCUUGAAUUAAGAGAUAAACUUACAGGAUUCCAGAGUGAUAACUUCAUUCAUAAAGGGGUUUUCGAUACGGUGGUCCGAUGUACUGGUUGGACUUUUGAUAAAAGCCCUUUUCACAAUUCGACCAUCCCAGAAAUGGGAAGAGGGCGUAAGAAGAAGUAUCCAAACACAGAUAGCACAUACGAGUCCACGAACAUCCCUGGUCUGUUUUUUGCCGGCACCAACGCGCACUCUGUGGACUUCAGGAAGUCAGCUGGAGGCUUUAUACAUGGAUUCAGAUACACAGCCAGAACGCUGUACCACUAUCUAGAGCACCGCAACCAUGGUGUUGAGUGGCCGUCUAUAAAAGCACCCAUCACAGAACUUUUGGAUAGGAUACUGAAGAGGAUUAAUGAAGCCUCUGGAAUAUACCAAAUGUUUCAAGUUCUUGGAGACGUUAUUUUACUUAAGAAUGGUGGCAAAGAAUUUGAAUACUUGGAAGAAUACCCAAUCAAAUCUCUGCAUAAACUAACCGAAGUGACCGGCAAGACCGCUGACCGUCUUCUUGUGGUGGUUCUUGAGUAUGGAGCAAACUUCUCCGGGCCAGCUGCCGACGUGUUCAGAACAGAUAGAGCAUUAGGAGAUCCAGCCACUGCUCACUUGUCAAACUUGUUGCACCCUGCACUUUAUUUAUAUGAGAAGUUGCCUAGCGAGGAAGAUAUGGCGACGAUUCCAAAGCACUUGACCCUCCCUCGACCAGCAAGUCUAUUCUAUCUUAUAGAUGACGCAUUCAUUACAUGGGAUGCCCCAUACAGCCACAUUUUUGAACUGAGACGUUUCUUGGAAAAAUGUAUGGACACUGACAUGAGGAAGUACUUUGCCAGUUCUUGUUUUACUCUGGCCAUGACGCAUCAGACAGUACCAUUGAUGUGCCAGGAGAAAUAUAUGCAAGGUCAAGGUCUUGUUGGAACUGAGGCUCUCCUGAAUAGGGUGCGCGGAAUGCUUCUGUGAUAACUUCAGUAACAAAGUGCCAGUUUUGAUCAAAUGUUUCAUCUUUAAUUCAGAAAAUAUCUAAUAUAUAUUAAUUGCACUUUGACAUAUAUUCGUUGUUGAUAAAUGUAGAAACCCUUCAUCCCAUAACUGACAAUGGGGAAAUUUAGAACCUUGACACUUACAAUUGUAAUCAAAGAUUGAAACUUAAAGGCUUAGCACACAAUACUGUUUCUGAGGGGUAUUUUUUCUGUAUGGACCAUAAUAAAGGCUUUUAGAACUUUCUUAACAUGA